AUGCGUGCCAUGGCUCGUAUCGUGGCAACCUUGCUGCUAAUGGCGGAUGCGCGACCUCCCCGAGGACCCGUGGUGGUCUCAGACUCGGAGAUUCCUCAUCCGCAGAUCGAAACCUUUGAGCAGAAAUUGGAUCAUUUUAACUACAAAGACCAGCGCCAGUUUGCGCAGAGGUACUUUGUCUACAACGCCAGUUAUCGUCCUGGUGGACCUCUCUUCUUCUAUACUGGGAAUGAAGGACCUUUGGAGUCCUUCUACUACAACACGGGGCUCCCCUUUGACUGGGCCCCCAGCUUCAAUGCACUGAUCGUCUUUGGUGAGCACAGGUACUAUGGCAAGACUUUGCCUUUUGGGAAUGCGUCCUUUACCAAGGAGAAUCUGGGCUACCUGUCCAUCUCCCAGACCCUGGCAGACUAUGCCAUGCUGGUGAGACACCUCCAGGCCACCUAUCAGCUCAGUGCUGUGGUAGCUCUCGGAGGUUCCUAUGGAGGCAUGCUGUCAGCCUGGGCUCGCAUCAAGUACCCCAACGUCUUCGAUAUGGCUUUAGCCGCCUCAGCGCCCAUUCCGCAGGCUGUGAACCUCCUGGAAGACAAGUCCACCUUCUAUCGGAGUGUAACAGAUUCAGCUCGCCAGGCGCAGCCGAAAUGUCCUGAAACCGUGCAGCGCGCCUUCAGCGACAUUUUGGAGCGGGCCAAGACGCCAGCAGGGCUGCAGGAGAUCAGCGACAUCUUCCAACUCUGUAAGCCCAUGGAGGCUUCAGAGAUCGACCAUUUCCUUCAGUACGUCAGAAACGCGUGGACCGAGAUGGCAAUGUGCAACUAUCCCUAUGCCUCGUCGUUCUUGGCGCCCCUGCCAGCCUGGCCCAUCACGGCAGCCUGCAAGAAAGUCUUGGAAGCGGCACGUCCCAUCGACGGUCUUGCGGCAGCAGUGGCAAUGCCCUACAAACAGCCAAAUCAGAGCUGCUUCGACAUGUACAGAAUUUUCGUGGAAUGCGCGGAUCAGACUGGCUGUGGUACUGGCCCCACAUCCAAGGCAUGGGAUUAUCAGAUGUGUACUGAAAUCUUCUACGAGCAGAACACCAACAACGUCACCGAUAUGUUUCCGCCCAGGAAUUGGACCAUGGAGAAGCUGAACGCGUACUGCAUGAAGCACUAUGGCGUGAAGCCAGAUCCGGUUCUGAACCGCUUGCAGUACGGAGGGAUCGAUAUCAGCAAAUCUGGCACCAAAAUCAUCUUCUCCAAUGGCUUGUUGGAUCCAUGGCACGGAGGUGGAUAUUUGAAAGACCAGUCACCCUGGUUGCCUGCUGUGACCAUUGAACUUGGGGCGCACCACCUGGAUUUGCGUGGCAACCACUCCUCGGAUCCCACCUGCGUCAAAGUCGCGCGUGACGAGGAGAAGAAGCACAUCAGCUCGUGGCUCAAGACGGGAGAAGCGCUUUGUGUGAAGCCAUCCACGGAUGAGUUGUGGAUGUGA